AAAAAACAAAAAAAGUUCUCCAGAUUUUUUUUUUUCUCCAAAUUAUUGUGUAAAGAAAGCAAGAGACUUAUUUCAAUUAUCAGUGUUAGCUUUUAGUUUUCCAUCAUAACGUGACGGCAAAAGAUACUAAAUUUGUGUUUUCGGCAAAAAAAAACUAUUUUGUUAGCUAAGCAAACCGACGUGCAACACACACAAGACAUCCUCAUACAUGCAUACUUAAAUACAUACAUACAUACGUACAUGUUCACGCACACACACACACAAACCAUACGGAAAAGUACGAGUAGCCCCAUAAAUUAAAAGUCGGUGUAGAGGUUGGGACAAGGAAGAAUCAGAUUCGGAAUCGCGACAAAAGAAAGAAACUAAAAACGAAAAAAACAAGAAAACAACAGUAGCACCAACACCAGUAGCAUCAGCAUCAGCAGCGGCAGCGGCAGAAGUAGCGGCAACAUCAGCACACCAUCACCACAAAUAAUACACACAGAAGUGGCAAAUGAGAAUAAGAAAAUUGAAAAAGUUAAUUGAAGUCCAAUUGUUUUUGUUGUAUGCUACAGGCUGAGCAGCGAGCGGUUCAUAGGGAACACUAGCGCCACCUAACGGCCUCAAUAGAAACAAGAACAAAUACAAAGGCGCAGCAACAUCAGUUUGUGGUCGAGUUUUCCCCCCAAAUAAAAUGGAAAUUGAAACAGAUCAAUCGAUAGAAGCAAUGGACACUCAGGAUACCCAAGAGGUUGAAAUUAUCACAAGUGACCUACAACAACAACAGCAGCAGCAGCAACAACAACAACAAAAACAGAAUUCUCCGCCACAAUUGCCGAAAUUUAAGAAUCUUAUCCAGCCGACGGGUCAGUUGCAUGCUGUUGGGGCAGUAACCCAAUUGGCAGCUCCUCCACCACCACCGCCACCAAGUGAAAACGGUAAUGUGCCGCCACAGCAACUGCUAGCCGAUAGCAGUUCCACAUCGUUCGGUCCAGAUCCACAAGAUCAGCAUCCCGGAGCAAUGGCAAUGGAAGAUGAAUCAACCAAGGAGGACCAAUUCCGUUCGGAAACGACCUUCUCAUAUACAGUGGAAAAUGUAAAUCAAUUGAAGGCCCAGAGACUCUCACCACCGGUCUAUGUACGAAUGUUGCCAUGGAAAAUAAUGGUCAUACCGAAUGAUCGUGCAUUGGGCUUCUUUUUGCAAUGCAAUGGUGAGAAUGAUUCCCCCACAUGGUCAUGCAAUGCCAUAGCUGAGCUGCGUCUCAAGUGCCACAAGCCGGAUGCCCAGCCGUUCACUAGGGCCAGAAUCAAGCAUUUGUUCUAUUCCAAGGAGAAUGAUUAUGGUUAUUCGAAUUUCAUUACCUGGCAAGAGCUACAGGAUGCCGACAAAUGUUAUGUAUUGAAUAAUAGCAUCACCUUGGAGGUGCAUGUCAUUGCAGAUGCCCCACAUGGAGUACUGUGGGACUCCAAGAAGCACACCGGCUAUGUGGGCCUCAAGAAUCAGGGGGCCACAUGCUAUAUGAACUCACUGCUGCAGACACUCUACUUCACAAAUUCCUUACGGCUAGCUGUCUAUCGCAUACCCACAGAGGCGGAUGACAGCACUAAAUCAGUUGGUCUCUCCUUGCAAAGGGUAUUCCAUGAGCUGCAGUUCGGUGAUCGUCCGGUGGGCACCAAAAAGCUAACCAAAUCCUUUGGCUGGGAGACACUCGACUCGUUUAUGCAACACGAUGUCCAAGAAUUUUUGCGUGUUCUUCUCGACAAGCUUGAGUCGAAGAUGAAGGGUACCUGCCUGGAGGGCACCAUACCAGGUCUUUUCGAGGGCAAAAUGUCUUCAUAUAUUAAAUGCAAAAAUGUCGACUAUAAUUCAACACGCUACGAGACCUUUUAUGACAUUCAAUUAAACAUCAAAGAUAAGAAGAACAUCUAUGAAUCCUUUCAGGAUUAUGUUGCCUCUGAAACUCUGGAGGGCGAUAAUAAAUACGAUGCUGGUGUCCAUGGGCUACAGGAGGCUAGCAAGGGAGUGAUAUUCACCUCAUUCCCACCCGUGUUGCAUUUGCAUCUGAUGCGUUUCCAAUAUGAUCCCAUAACGGACAGUUCGAUUAAGUACAAUGAUCGGUUUGAGUUCUAUGAGCAAAUCAAUUUGGAUCGCUAUUUGGCCGAUCGUGAAAAAACACCCGCCGACUAUGUCCUUCAUGCUGUACUCGUCCAUUCGGGCGACAAUCAUGGUGGUCACUAUGUGGUCUUCAUUAAUCCAAAAGCGGAUGGCCGUUGGUUUAAAUUCGAUGAUGAUGUGGUAUCCAGUUGCCGCAAACAGGAGGCCAUUGAACAAAACUAUGGCGGAAUGGAUGAUGAAAUCUCUUUUCAUGCCAAAUGCAGCAAUGCCUAUAUGUUAGUCUAUAUCCGGCAAUCGGAAUUGGAUCGCGUUUUGGGCGAUAUUCCCGAAAAUGAGAUAUCCAGCGAUUUGGUUGAGCGACUUGAUCUCGAAAAGCGGAUCGAGAUGGCCCGUCGCAAGGAGCGGAGCGAAGCCAAUCUAUAUGUUUCGGUUCAUGUCAUCCUGGAAGAAUAUUUCGAGGGUCAGCAGAAGCGGCGUCUCUUUGAUCUAGAGAAAACACAUCAGAGGCCCUUUAAGCUCAAGCAAAAUCAAACAGUCGACGAAUUGGUUGAAAUGUUUGUCAAGGGAUUCGGUGUGCCACGCAAUCGUAUGCGCAUCUGGAAUAUGUGCACAGCCCAGACACAGAAAUUCCUGCAUUUUGAUUUUGAGGCCGAGGGUGGACGCACCAUUGAACAGAUACCCACCUCACAGAAGCCCUGGGUGGUGUUCCUAGAAUUGGCAUCGCCGGAAUUAUCACCGGAUGCGCCGUUGCCACCAUUUAAUCCAAAAACUGAUGUACUUCUGUUCCUCAAGUACUAUGAUGCUCGGAAUAAACGACUUAAUUAUAUUGGAUGCACUCAGCAGCCACAGACACGGCGUCUAAUUGAAUUGGUGCCCGAGGUGAAUCUUAAAUUGGGCUUCGAUCUAGAUACCGAGCUGACCAUCUUCGAUGAGUAUGCCGACAAGAAGGUGAUCAAUCUGCAUGAUCCCAUUGAAAGUGUGCUCUACAUACCGCAGGAUCAUUUGCAAGGACAUAUAUUGAUAUUUGAACGAGAACUGGUUGACAUGAAACUUGAUCUGCCAACUGUCGAGGACUAUUUCUUAGAUCUUGUGUAUCGAAUUGAAAUCGUAUUUAGCGACAAAUGUAAUCCCAAUGAACCCGAUUUUACGCUGGAAUUAUCCAAUCGAUAUAAUUAUGAGCAACUAACCAAUGCUGUAGCCGAACGACUAAAUACCGAUCCCCAAAAAUUGCAAUUCUUUAUGUGCAUCAACAACUAUAAGGAGACGGCAGGCAAUGCUGUGCCGUAUACAUUUAAGGGCACCAUUAAGGACCUUGUGUCGUAUACCAAACAGAGCGCACCGAAACGGAUAUUCUAUCAAAGAUUAUCGCUAAGCAUCCAUGAACUGGACAAUAAGAAACAAUUCAAGUGUAUUUGGGUAUCGAAUGACCUUAAGGAGGAGAAGGAGCUGGUACUCUAUCCCAAUAAGAAUGACACUGUUAAAGGAUUGCUCGAUGAGGCGGCCAAGAAGAUUACAUUCUCGGAGAAUAGCCGUAAAAAAUUGCGCCUCAUGAAGGUUAGCAAUCAUAAAAUUGUUGCCCUUUGCAAAGAUGAUGUUGCCUUGGAAACGCUGCUCAAGAAUAGCGAUUCGAUAACCACAACGCAAAAUGCUGGCGGCGGUGCUGGUGCUGGCGGCGGUGGCGGCGCCGGCGGUGGAGCAAAUAGCGGUGCACAAAAAACUUAUCGCAUUGAGGAAAUACCGGCCGAUGAAAUGCAAUUGGCGGAAAAUGAAUUCCUUAUACCGGUGGCGCAUUUCAGCAAGGAAUUGUACAAUUCAUUUGGUGUACCAUUUCUAACCAAGGCGCGUCAGGGUGAGCAAUACAAGGAGUUAAAGCAACGCAUCCAAAAGCGUCUCAAUGUCCCUGAUAAGGAGUGGGAGAACUAUAAGUUUUCCAUUAUCUCGAUGGGCUUAAUUGGUGAUGUUAACGAUAAUUCGCUAGUAGAUUUGGAAAUCUAUCGAUCCUCUAAUGGACAGUCGCCGUUCUUUGGCCUCGAUCACAUAAAUAAGUCACGUAAAAGAAGUUCGCUUAAUUUCUCCGAGAAGGCAAUCAAGAUAUAUAAUUAAGGAAUCCCUCUCCAAGAAAAAAAAAAAACAAUACAAAAAAAAAAGAAAAAUAAUGAGAUAAUAGUGGAAGAUAGGAGGAGGAGGAUCCAGGAAAUGGGCCAACUAUAUAAUAUAAUGGGAGGAGGGGGCAACCUGCUGCUAAACCAAAAAAAAAACACAAGAAAAAUCAUACGAAAAUUACAUGCAAAGAAACAAGAAGUUAACUGACCUUAUAUAAAAUAUAUGCAAUACUAUCUUCCCCCAUUCCCCCCUACUCGUUCACCGCAGAAUAUCUAAUUUCUUUGAUUGCACGAAUAUUUUUCUUCUAGAGACAAAAAUGAAAAAAGAAACAACAAACGAAAAAUAAUUAACAAUCUCUCUAAGUCAUAUAUUAUUAUUUAUUAACAAUUAUGCUCCGCAAUCACCACCACCUCCGGGUCCUCCGUAUCUGAUCUGUU